CCCGACAGCGUAUAUGUAGCUUGCUUAGCCACCUAGUCUUAAGUUACAAAGUGUUCAAAAACAAAUCACGAUUAACCGCGACAAAAUGUCACUUUCAACAGCACGCUCCUUCUUAUCGGAAGCUGGCUAUGGGGAACAGGAACUAGAUGCUAAUUCAGCUCUCAUGGAGUUGGACAAAGGUCUGAGGUCGUGCAAGCUCGGCGAACAGUGCGAAGCUGUGGUGCUCUUCCCCAAGCUCUUCCAGAAGUACCCUUUCCCUAUCCUAAUCAACUCUGCCUUUCUGAAGCUGGCUGACAUUUUUAGACUGGGGAAUAACUUCUUGAGGCUGUGUGUGUUGAAAGUGACGCAGCAGAGUGAAAAGCACUUGGAAAAGAUUCUGAAUGUGGACGAAUUUGUUAAAAGGGUCUUUUCUGUCAUUCAUAGCAAUGAUCCUGUGGCCAGAGCAAUAACCCUCAGAAUGCUGGGUAGUCUGGCAUCCAUCAUCCCCGAGCGGAAGAACGCCCAUCACAGCAUCCGCCAGAGCUUGGACUCCCACGACAACGUCGAGGUGGAAGCAGCCAUCUUUGCAGCUGCCAGUUUCUCAUCGCAGUCCAAAGACUUUGCAGCAGGGAUUUGCAACAAGAUCAGUACAAUGAUUCAAGGUCUGGACACACCGGUAGAGCUGAAGCUGAAGCUGAUCCCCAUGCUCCAGCACAUGCACCACGAUGCAGCCCUGGCCUCCAGCAGCAGGGAGCUCCUUCAGGAGCUGGUGACUUCCUACCCCUCCACCCCCAUGGUCAUUGUCACCCUGCACACCUUCACACAGCUGGCCACCUCCUCGCUCAUCGACAUCCCCAAACAGAUUGACCUGCUUCUGCAGUAUCUGAAGGAGGACCCCAGAAAAGCAGUGAAAAGACUCUCAAUCCAGGACCUGAAGCUACUGGCCAAGAAAGCCCCUCACAUGUGGACAAGAAAGAACAUCCAGACAUUGUGUGAGUGUGCCCUCAGGACCCCAUAUAGCAGUCUGAAAUUAGGCAUGGUGUCAGUUCUCUCUACUCUCUCUGAGACCAUUGCCAUCAAACAAUACUUCAUCCUCACACCAGGUGAACCCCUGCCUGCCCCUCACCUCACUGACCUGGUAAAGCUGGCGCAGGAGUGCUGUUACCAUAGCAACCUCGCCGUGGCAGCCCACGGAAUCACUGUGCUGGCCAACAUAGCCAUCUCCUGUCCAGAGAAAGAUUUUGUUCAGCUGGAGCAGGACACGGUUACAGGGAUGGAGUCUUUAUUGCUGUUGUGUAGCCAGGACGACAGCACAUCUGCGCAGGCCACGCUUAAAACGGCGCUAGCGUCCCUGGUACGCAUGCUGAGGGGCCGGACCCACCUGAGCCAGGCCUGCGUGGAGUUUCUGCUGGCCCAGCUGCACUACGCUUGUGACCCAGCACGGAUCGCCAUAUGCCACGCGCUGGCGGCCAUUGCCACCCAGCUGCCCGUGCUGGGAGAGAGCAUGCUGGGAGAUCUGGUGGCGCUGUACAGGAGUGUGGACAAGCAGCAGGAGUUGCUGGUCUCCUUGGCGACUGUGGUGUUUGUGGCCAGCCAGUCGUCCCUCAGCGGCGAGGUGACGGCAGUGAUCCGCCAGCAGCUGGAGGCCGCGGCUAACGGCUGGACCGUGUACCGCAUUGCUCGGCAGGCCUCGCGCAUGGGCUGCCACGAGUUCUCCAGCGAGCUGUACCAGAGCCUGCGCACGCGUGUGGCCUCCGAGCACUUCUACUUCUGGCUGAACAGUCUGAUGGAGUUCUCUCGUGCCGAGCACUGCCUGAGCGGCCUGGCCGACGGAGACGGCAGCGCUACCCUGGCUGCCAUCACCGAGGCCCUCGAGGCCUACCAGAAGGGCUUCGCCUCGCUUACGGCUGCCAGCACCCCUCUGAGUCCUCUGGCGUUCCAGUGUGAGUUUGUGAAGCUGCGUAUGGACAUGCUGCAGGCUCUGGCUCAGCUCAUCUGCACGUGCAACAGCCUGAAGACGAGCCCUCCGCCGGCCAUCGCUACUACUGUCGCCCUGUCCUCCGGCAACGAACUGCAGCGCUGCGGACGCAUCUCCCUGCAGAUGAAACUCUCCAUGGAUGAGUUCAGGAGCCUCGCUGGCCGCUACGCUGACCUGUACCAGUCGUCCUUCGAUGCUGAUUCCGCCACGCUCCGCAACGUCGAGCUGCAACAGCAGAGCUGCCUGCUGAUCUCUUAUGUGAUUGAGGCUUUAAUACUUGACCCUCACACAGCCAGUUUCCAGGACUUUGGCACGUUGGGCUCUGUUCAAGCGGAAAGCAAGUAUGAGCGGAAGAUGGUGGCUGUGUUCAACCUGGUACUGGAGGAAGUGGACUCCUUGAGCAGGAAGCAUCCCCCUGUCUCUUACCUGCACACUGGUUGUCUUUGCGACGCCGUUAUAGCUCUGCUGAAGGUCCCGCUGUCCUUCCAGAGGUAUUUCUUCCAAAAGCUGCAGUCGACCAGCAUCAAGCUUGCUCUCUCGCCUUCUCCUCGCACUCCUAAUGAACCAAUCCCAGUUCAGAACAGCCAGCAGCUCGCUCUGAAAGUGGAGGGUGUGGUCCAGCAUGGCUCCACGCCUGGGCUCUUCCGGAAGAUCCAGUCUCUCUGCCUUAACGUGAGCUCCACGCUCCAGUCUAAAUCGGGACCAGACUUUAAGGUUCCUCUAGAUUCUAAAACCAAUGAAAUAGUGCAGCGGGUGGAGCCUCACAACGACUACUUCAGCACCCAGUUCCUGCUCAACUUCUCAAUUGUGGGCAGCCACGGCGUUACCGUGGAGGCAUCCGUGGUGGAUGACAGCGGCAUUGAGUGGAAGACUGGCCCGCGGAGCACGGUGGCCGUGAAGUCCCUGGAGGACCCCUACUCCCAGCAGCUGCGCCACCAGCUGCAACUUCAGCAGCAGGGUGGGGCCCAGGCGGUGCAGCGCAACACCUCCACCCGCUUCCAGUGACCGCACCCGCUGUUGGACUGACGGCGGCUGGAAUCGGAUGAGUGCGUCACAUCCGCAUGGAAGAGUUGGGAGAUCGACCUUGGCACGUUUUGGUUGCUCUAGCUCUGAUCUCCGGAUUUGGGCAGAAACUGUUCAGUCUCCAAAGCUGAAGAACUUGGGAGCUGUUUUCAGUGUGUGGUGUUUGGUGGACAUUAUGCCAAUGCCCAGUCCUCACAGGCUGCCCAAAAUUCCAUCAUGAAUUUAUAUAUAUAUUUUAACACCUAUAAGGAGGACAUUCAGCUUUGCUUUUUUUUUUUUUUUUUUUUUUAAGGAAUCAAACUAUUCAUUCACUACCUUUUGUGUAAUGAAAGGCAGAAAAAAAGCUUACUUGCCAGAUAUGUAGUCUUGUAGUCUCCAAUUAAAAUGUAGGGCAAGUAUGAAAACUAUAGAGGAAGAGUUGUCUUAUUUUUAAGGCUAAUGCUCUUUUAGAGCGGAAUGACCCGUGGGAAUAACAUUGUGGCGUCGCGUUCCAUCGGAAGAGUUCUCAAUGGCUUUGUUCACUUUGCACACUGCUAAAUGCUGAUCUUGUUUUUAGAACUAGUUUUUGGGUCAGCCCUGGGCUGUAUGGCCACAGGUUGGAUACGUACCCGAUAUGGGACCAUACAUGAAAGUGGCCCAAAACUGUUUAGAAAAGAUUUUUGUGUUCACCAAAUAGAUUUGCUCCACUUCCACUCACUAGUGUAGACAUGGUUAAUAAGGUAGCAGCCCUGUCUUAUACAUACACUGUAUAUAUCCUAUACAUUUGUAUAGGACAGGGGUGCCUAGCGCCUAGCUUGGGACUCAGGGCCUAGUUUGGCCCUGCCUUCUACAGUAACCCAUGCAGCAGAGAUCCUCACACCCAGUCUCCAAAGAGGCAAAGCAAAAAAAUUAAAUAAAUUACUCUGUAUGUCUUCCUAGAUGCAUUUCACCUCCAAUAAACUAGUUGCAUUAAUGUUAGUUAUGCAAGUUUGCAAAUGGAACACAUUUGGGAGUGUAGGCAAUGCAUCUGUUGGUGAUUCUUUUCACCAACAGACCUCAUUCAUGUUCUGUAUUGUAAGCACAGAAAACUUCCCAUUGGGAAAUAUAAAAUGAGUCACAAUCUGAAGCCAUUUAGGAGCUGGUUAAUGAAAAAAUAAACUGAAGAAGUUUGUGGUAUUCUCAAA